GAACGCCAAAGACAUCGAAAACAAGGAAAUGUUGGAUGAGAUGCGCAAAGAGUUGGCCUUCAAUUCGGAGUCUCUUCGUCGGGAACAGAGACGCGAAUACGACAAUGAUUUGGAGAUAAUGUCUAUGAACCGCAAAGUAUCGGCACUCGAACACCAAUUGGCCGAUAGUAAGGACCAGUUGGACGCACACAACCGUAUGGUUGCGCCACUCGAACAACAAGUGUCGGACACCAAAGAGCUAUUGGAGGCCAGGAGUCAAAAGGUUAUAUCACUUGAGCAACAAUUGUCCGAAACCCGUGACCUAUUAGAAGCUCAAAGCCGUAAAGUAUCGCCACUCGAACAGCAAUUAUCAGACAAUCGAGACCUUCUGGAGGUCCAGAAUCGUAAGGUGUUGUCACUCGAGAAUCAAUUAUCUAAAACCGAAGACCUAUUGGAGGCACAGAAUCGCAAGAUAUUGUCACUCGAGGAAGAGUUGUCGGACACCAAAGACAUGAUAGACAGCGAUACGAGUGAUACAGAAAAAUAUCGACAAUUGGCUGAUGAAAGGCAGGAACUGUUGAACGAAUUGAAUCUAACCAACAAUGGCUUAACACAAGACUUGUCGAAAGCUAACGAAAUCAUUAGGAAAUUGCAGACAGAGAUGCAGUCAACACAUCAAAAGCUACUGCUUUUAAAUAAAGUGACUAUUAGGAAAUUGCAGACAGAGAUGCAGUCAACACAUCAAAAGCUACUGCUUUUAAAUAAAGUGACGUCAAAACAAGAGGAGACGGUAGACCUGCACCACAACGCCGUACAGAAGUUGGACUCGGAUUUGCGCCACUGUUCCCAACAGUUGAAGGCCAGAGAUAAAGAGUACCAAACAUUACGCAAAGACUUUGAUGCGCUGAAAGGCAAAUGUAGUGAAACGGAGGCCCAGUUGACGGCCAAUCAGAAUAUCAUAUCGUAUUUAAAUCAACAAUUGAGUGAAUUGCAGGCAAAACACGGAAUCAAAUCUAUAGAUGUGUCAAAAAUAGCCACUCAAUCAUCACAGAAGUCAACGCAUCCCAAAGUUAUCGCUCAAAGAAAUGCUGUCUUUGUUAAUAAGUCCACAAAAAAUGAUAAUCUCUUCAGAAGAUAA